GCAAACAAAGUCCAGCAUCACCAACUGGACCUUUUUCCUUCAUUUUACCCUGAGCGUAUCGAUUUUGAUCGCGAAAAGUUUGACAGAAUGUCGUGGAGAAAUCAGGGGAUCACGGGAUCUAACAACAUCCCUCUGGGCAAGCGCCGCUUUGCAGAAGAAGAUGGCCCCGAUGGGUUUGUCGAUGGCGACCGUGACUUGAAGCGCGGACGCGACCCCGAGCCACGAAGCGAAGCCGACGGACCUCGACGACGCAAGAAGCGAAACAGAUGGGGUGAUGCAUCCGAGAAUAAGGCCGCUGGCCUCAUGGGACUGCCCACUGCCAUCUUGUCCAACAUGACGAGCGAGCAGCUCGAAGCCUACACCCUCCAUCUGCGCAUCGAAGAAAUCUCCCAGAAGCUGCGCAUCGACGAUGUCGUCCCAGCAGAUGGCGACCGAUCGCCUUCGCCUCCACCUCAGUACGACAACCACGGUCGACGUAUCAACACGCGAGAAUACCGUUACCGCAAGCGGCUCGAGGACGAACGCCACAAGCUGAUCGAGAAGGCCAUGAAGACCAUCCCUAACUAUCACCCACCACAGGAUUACCGUAGACCGACCAAGACGCAGGAGAAGGUCUACGUUCCUGUCAACGAUUACCCGGAGAUUAACUUCAUUGGUUUACUUAUCGGACCCCGAGGUAAUACUCUGAAGAAGAUGGAGGCAGAUUCAGGUGCCAAGAUUGCUAUUCGUGGCAAGGGCUCCGUCAAGGAGGGCAAGGGUCGGUCUGAUGCCGCUCACGCCAGCAACCAGGAGGAAGAUCUGCACUGUCUCAUCAUGGCCGAUACCGAAGAAAAGGUCAACAAGGCCAAGAAGCUCAUUCACAAUAUCAUUGAGACUGCUGCUUCUAUCCCUGAAGGCCAGAACGAGCUCAAGCGCAACCAGCUCCGAGAACUCGCCGCACUCAACGGUACCCUCCGAGAUGACGAGAACCAGGCUUGCCAAAACUGUGGCAAGAUUGGCCACCGCAAGUAUGACUGCCCUGAGCGACAGAACUACACUGCUAGCAUCAUCUGCCGUGUCUGUGGUAACGCAGGCCACAUGGCCCGUGAUUGUCCCGACCGCCAGCGUGGUGCUAGCUGGCGUAAUAACGAUAUGGGCGGCCGUAGUGCUGGUCGCAUCGGCGGUGGGGAUGCUGUUGAUCGCGAGAUGGAGCAACUCAUGCAAGAGCUUGGCGGAGGUUCUUCCAACGGACCUCCUGCGCGCAUCGAGGCCGGCCCUGGCAGCAACGGAGACGCGAAGCCCUGGCAGCGUGGCCCUACUGGAGGACCUGCGCCUUGGCGUUCUCGCAACCAUGAUUCUAACAACGAGGGAGGUUCAUCGGCUCCCUGGAGAGACCGCGGCGGUCGCAACCAGGAUCACCACAGCGGCAGCAACGGCGGCGACAGCUACUACGGCCAAGGUUACGGCGGAUCUUCCGGUGCCGCCGCGCCAUGGCAACAACAGGCUCCCGGAACUCAGGGUGGGUAUGCUGGAUAUCCUGGUUACGGCAGCUAUGGAGCCGCUCCUGGAAUGGGCGCUCCUCCUGGCCUUGCCGCUGCUCCUGGCGGCGCUCCUCCACCUCCUCCGGGUGCUCCCCCUGGCCUGGGAGAUAUCAACGCCUUCAUCCAGCAGUACGCUGGAGCGGCGCCUCCCCCACCACCUCCUUCGGGCGAUGCUCCCCCUCCUCCUCCCAGUGACCAGCCUCCACCCCCACCUCCCGGUGCCUAG